UUUUUGCACACUCUGUGCAUAAUGUUUUGAAGCUAGAGGAUGUCUGACAACGGUGAGUCUCCUACAGAACCACAAAAAGAAGAAUUAUCGACACAGAACCAACAGAAUGUCGCCGGAGAUUCCGGAGACCCCGCGAAGACUGAGGAGAAGAAAAAGAUUGACGUGCUGUUAAAAGCAGUUGGAGACACUCCUAUCAUGAAGACUAAGAAGUGGGCAGUAGAGCGAGAGAGGACUGUUCAGGCUCUCGCUCAGUUCAUCUCACGCUUUCUUAAAUUAGAGGCCAACGAACAACUGUUUAUUUAUGUCAAUCAGUCGUUUGCUCCGUCCCCAGACCAAGAAGUGGGUGUCCUUUUUGAUUGUUUUGGCAGUGAUGGGAAACUUGUUCUUCAUUAUUGCAAGUCACAAGCCUGGGGUUGACCUUUCAAAGUUUUACAUUCCAUCUCUCUCUCUCUCUCUGUCUGUUUCUGGCACACGCUCUCACUCACACUCACACUCUUUAACUCACCAGUAUGGUCAGCAUUUUUUUUUUUAUGAUUAAUUAUCUGUUAUUUGUGUUUGUCUUAAUAUCUUUAUGGCUUAAUAAUGUAAAUAAAUUAUUAUAAAACCAUAUCAAG